UCAGAUCACAACUGCCAUCUUGUAUUAUAAUUGAGUUUCAGGAAAAAGUUAAUACAUUUUAUUUCUUUAAUUAUGUAUGUGAUAUUAAAGCAUACACUACAAAUAACUUCUGUAGCUAUGAGCCUUGAGCCUUGAGACCUUCAGCUGCUAUCUGUCUUUAUUUUGCUUUCCAGUAAGUCACUUUCGAUAAACACAUCAUCGUUCUUCUCCACAGUAAAGUGACACAUCGUCAUGAGAUCACUGGUAGGAUUAAUGCCUAGGUAAGGGAUGUAUACUGAGAUCAGUAGUUUGGCCUAAAUUUGCCAGAAGCCUUUGUUUAAAUGAUCUCUUCUACUUUGCAUUACUGCGGUGUUUGGAGUAUUGCAUUAUUGCUUUGCUGUGCUUUUACUAUAUGAGCCAAAACUAAAAAAAACAUUUUUUUUGUCAUUACAUUUAUGUCUCUGCUGCCUGACAAAACAAGGGCCAUCAUCCUGACCGUUUGUUUUGCUCUCGGUGUUUCGUCUGCCUAUGUUGUUCCUGCCUAUGUUCCUACUGCAGUGUACAUGUGUGCUUAUGACUUUUCUCCAAAAAGACAAAGAGGAAACAGAAAGAGAGAGAGUGAGAGAGGUCAUCUUUGGACUGCAGUCACCCCUGAAAAAGACAAGGAGAAAGAGAAAGAGAGUGAGUGUGAGAGAGCUUGGAGGAGGGGAAUAACACACCGGAUGGAGGGAGUGUGAGGUGAUGGGAGGGUGCGAGUGGAUGAGUUGCGAGGCAAACCGGGGAUCACAUGAGCAGCAGAGAUCUGUUUACAAACUGAGGCUUGGAGGCUGAGGCAGCAAGAAACACCACAGCUAACACUCUGGGACAACCAUAUUCUUCUUCUAAACACACAUUCACAAACACACAGAUAAUGCUCCACCCUACACCCAGUCCAGAGAGAACCAGGGAUUCUGGAUGAAUUUGUUUUUUUUGCCAUUGUGAGUUUUUGUUCUUCCUCUUCAAGGACUGACGGGACCAGAUGGUUUGAGGUGGUGAGAAAAACACUCCCCCAUACAGGCUGCAUAUACAGUCAUACUUUCUACUGACAGAUCCUUCUUCGUUUUGAGGACUCGUAUGAGGACGUUUUUGUUUCUGCUUUUUUCUUCUUCUUGUUCUUCUUGGAGGGGGCCCUGUGUAAGGAAUAUCCUUUGACGGAUCAGCCAUUUUUUUCUUCCCUUUUUUCUUUUCAGAGAUAAACAAAGAGGAGGACUUUUCUCAUAAGCAGAAUGACAUCAGAUGGACAAAACCUGUCGAAAUCACUGAACAUUUUUCUGGGAUAUGUUUUCAUAGAUGGCCUUAAUUCAGAUCUUGUGGAGCAGUUGAAGGAUUUUCUUGAAGUCUUGUAGACUCUGAGAUGAAACAAGCUUAAGAGAGGGAGAUUCAUGACCUGUUUUGUCCUUGCGCGACAAUGAAGGUAGUCUGAGAUUCCCUCAGCCUGGGUCACUUUAACACUCCAGCUGAGGCUGAAUCCAAACACAGGAAGCGAAGAUCAAGGACACGACAUGGUCCCUUUUGUCUUUGUGUCCGCGCGCACGCCAAAUCUUUUGUGUCGACGACGAGCGAUGACAGUAAACACGCCGAGCGUCCAAGCCUGAUUCCUAACACAGGAAACCCGAGGUGUGCUGCGACUGCGACUCGGAAAAACUCCCCAGAAAAAAAAAAACAUUAAACAUAAACAACAACAAUAAUAUCACGGAAACCGUGAAAGUAUCAGUUCCUAGUUCCGGGUCGGAUUACAUGCAGCCAUUCCAAUGGUGUAACGGCUGCCUUUGUGGAGUAGGACUGCAGCGUUCCCACUGCAAUAUGCCGUCGGAAGAUCUGUACCAUUUGCCGCUCAACGUCUAUGUCAUCGUGCUGGGCAUCGGCUUGUUCAUCUUUAUGCUCAGUGUCAUCUUCUGUUGCUACCUGUUCAGGUUGAAGCAACAAGACACAAGACAGCAGUACAGCUACAAUGAGGUGGUGCUGAAAGGGGCAGGGAAGAAGCUGAGCCUUCUUGGACAACCCUGUGCAGUGUGUCUGGAGGAAUUUAAAGCCCGGGAUGAGCUGGGCGUGUGUCCAUGUUCACACACAUUUCACAAGAAGUGUCUGUUAAAAUGGCUGGAGAUUCGCAGUGUUUGCCCCAUGUGCAACAAGCCCAUCAUGCGGCUGCACAACACACCCCGUGGAGCUGAAGGGCCACAAGACCCUGAGGAGGUUUGAUACAAUUAAGAGUGGGGGAAAAAACAACAACAAAAAUGGCACAACUCCAAACACGUUGGGCCACGCUCAUGUUUCUCGUCUCUACAACUGCUAUAACUCUGAGCACACAAGAUCUGACCACCACUACUGGAGGAGACGAGAUACAACCUCCAAAUGCACAACCCCUGGAGGCCUAGUGGACUUGAGAAGUAGCACCUGAUUGGCAAAAAUAUUUGGCAAUUUUUUUUUACUUUUGUGAUUAGUGACCGGUGGGGGUGCAGGUAAACAGCUCAGCCAGUUUCAUCUCAAGAGGCGCCUCUAAGCAACUAAUGCGAAACAACACUGAACUGCUGCAAGUGUGUGACGAGCACUGUUUACAAAAACAGUGUGUAACUACGCAGAUAUGAUAGAAAUGCAUGAUGAUCAGUCUGUUUUGGCCUGACGUUUAAAGGCUAUUGUAUGUAGAUAAUAAAAAUGUGGUGUUCUGUCCGAAAGGUACUGCAAGUCGUUAUUGGGCCUUGUAUAGUGAGUAAAAGAACUAUGAAGAUAUGAACUAAUAAUCAGCAGUUAAACUUUACUUUCCCAUUACUGGACAUGUAUCAGGGCCAACUCAUUGAAACUUUUUUAUUUUGUACAGUUUGAUGUUUAAUUUUGUUCGUUUUUGAAUAAAAUGUUUUGUGGAUAAAGCUCUUUA